AAAUCAUGAUCCUGUGUUACCCUGAAGUGUUCGGAGGUUGGAGUUUAUUUCCAUGGUGAUGAUGAUGCAAUAGGAAACACAGAAUGCCUAAGUUUUACCCCUGCUUGCUGUGCUGUAAACGAACAUCACAACAGGACAGAUACAGGAUAAAGAAGGAGCAUGCAGACUUCAUUAAGAGAAGACUUUGUAUGGAUGUUUCUGAUGACAGCAUGCUGUGCAGGAAGUGUCGUCACAUGUGUGAAACAAAAUCAACAAGGAAUACUAUUUGUGACAGCCCUGAGCCAAACAAAAUGCCAAAAACAUCAUCAAAGCAGAGUGUGCAGAGUCCACCUUCAGUAAUACUGUCCAUUCCAAGUACCUCUAAGAGCCACGCCAACUGUGUCAUCUGUAAAAAACCGGGGCCAAAGCUAGUGGUAGUUCCAGAAAAUACUCGUUUAAAUGUAUUCAUCCAAAAAGAAACAUUUGUUCCACCUGGUUCUAGAUGCUGUCCUAAGCAUAUUUCUGAUGGAGAGUUCAACACUGAGGCAUUACAUCUGCUGAAACAAACCAGUUCUGUCUCAAAUGUUAACAGGACCACCAUUGUAGGAGUUUUAAGACAAACCGGGGAGGUAGCUAUCCAGAAUCAGAACAAGAGACUGAAUUUUGAUGAUUCACAUGGAAUGGAAAGUGAAGAUUACUACAAUCUCACAGGAAUUACAAAGGAUCAGUUUGAUGAAUUGAUGACGUAUUUAGUGGAGACCGACUUAAGAGCAUCCAAGAAUAGAAGUACCAGAACAUGUGUGGCGUUAUUGUUGACAAAACUCAGAUGUGGUUUGAGUAAUCAACUACUUGGAACCUUAUUUGGCAUGAAAAAAUGGCAGGUUCGACGUGCUGUUAUAUCUGCAAAAAAUGCUUUGAUGGGUGAUUUUGUGUCAAAGCAUUUGGGGUUUUCUCAUAUAACAAGGGAGGAUGUCAUUAAUCACCAUACUCGUCCCCUUGCCAAGGAACUCCUUUGCAGCAUGACAGAAAAUCCAGCCAUUCUUGUUCUUGAUGGAACAUACGUAUAUCUCCAAAAAAGUGGGAACUUUUCUUUCUCAGGUCGUUCCUACAGCAUUCAUAAACACCGGCCUUUAGUCAAGCCUAUGAUCAUUGUUUCAACUAGUGGAUAUAUAAUUUCUGUAUUAGGUCCUUAUCUGGCAGAUUCCAAAAAUUCUGAUGCAAAGAUAUUAAAUCACAUGAUCCAAACAAAUGUAGAGGACAUGAGGAAAUGGGUCAGAGAAGAUGAUAUAUUUAUCGUCGACAGGGGUUUCCGGGAUGCAGAAGCUUUGCUAGAUGACAUGGGGAUACAUGUUGAAAUGCCAUCUUUCCUUACUUCUCAUUCAAAGCAACACACCACAGAAGAAGCCAAUGCAACCAGAUUUGUGACCAAGCUCAGGUGGGUUGUUGAGUCAGUAAAUGGCAGGCUAAAGACAGGGAAUUACUUGAGCAGAACUAUCCCAAAUACUCAAAUACCUCACAUUGGAGAUUAUGUCCGCAUAGUGAGUGCAAUCUGCAACAAGUUUAGACCAGACUUGAGCACUGGAAUGGAGGAGGAAGAUGUUGCGAUGGCUGCUAAAAUGCGAUUUCUUGCAAAUGGCGUGAAUGAGUUAAAGGAUUAUGUUGAGACGAGAGGUUUAGAGAAGCGGAACAUGAAAUGGAAGAGGAUCAACUCCCAUGAUGUGGUCUUUCCUCGUUUGACAGAGGAGGAAAUACGCCAGUUGACCUUUGGUGUUUACCAAAUCAGAUUGGCAAAGUCAUACACACACGAGCAUUUGAUGGAAGGAAAGUAUGAAAUUUUCAUCAGUAAUGAUUGUGCUGGUAUCCUCUGUGCAAAGAUUCAAAGUAGACACAUUUCAGCUAAGAAAUACUUACUUUGGAUUAGAUAUGAUGACGUCAGUAUCAAAUCCUGGUUUUGCAAAUGUAAAGUUGGCGCAAGAGUUGUGGGCAUGUGUGCUCACAUUACCAGUGUGAUUUGGUUCUUGGCUCUUGCUCGUCAUGAGGGGAGUGAUGUCUGUGGUGUGCGUGAUUGGUGUAGUUUGGUUGAGGAUGCUGCUGCACUCCCAAUUGAUGAAUCAGAGAGUGAGGAUGAAGAAAGAUGUUUCAUAACAGAAGAGGAGUGA